ACAAAUUCUUCUCUAAAAACUAUAAGACCAAGAGGGGAAAGUACACAUCUUAGCAGAGACCAUGGUAGGCAGCUUUAUCCUCCUGCUGAUCUUUGUCCUAAAUGGAGCUGACGGUUCUCAUAUUGUUGGAGGCAGAGAUGCCGCCUCCCACUCGCGGCCCUACAUGGCCUCGUUGCAAGUCCGAGGUCAGCAUAACUGUGGCGGAGCACUGGUGAGAGAGGACUUUGUGCUCACAGCAGCACAUUGUGCGAUACCUGUGCCAUACAAAGUGGUGCUUGGAGCUGAUUCCCUGUCAGGUAAUGAGGAUACCCAACAAGAGUUCACUGCUGUCAGAUCCUUUCCACAUCCCAGCUACGAUGGACAUGCCAAUGAUAUCAUGCUCCUAAAGCUCAACGGCAGAGCCCAGCUCACUGAAGCAGUGCAGCUGAUCUCGCUGAAUGCGGGCAGACUGGGCAGAGCAAACAAGUGCCUCACAGCUGGCUGGGGAGAUAUAGGGGAUAACAACACCCUUCCAAGCACACUUCAGGAAGUCAACGUAACCAUCCUGUCACAGCAAAGGUGUCGUAAGAGAUGGGGAAUGGUUCCAAUCACCAGCUCGAUGGUUUGUGGGAUUGGAGUGAGGGUUCUUCAAGGCUUCUGCUCGGUGAGAGCAAUAGGGGAUUCAGGUGGUCCGUUAGUGUGUGAUGGAGCUGCAGCAGGCAUUGUCUCCUUCUCUGGCCGGCGAUGUGGAGACCCCAGAACCCCUGAUGUCUACACGCGCAUAUCAUCCUUCUCAACCUGGAUCACAAGUGUGUUAAAUAACAAUUAAUCAAAUGACACUGUAUGCUAAUUUCUCUGUAUCAGUGACUGAGUUGUGUUGAUCAAGUCAAGGCUCUGAAUAAGGUGCAAACAUGUGAUGGUAUGUUGUUUAAUAUCUGUUUUACAAUCUAGUGCUAUGGUCAUUGUGAAGUGGUGAUAAAUUGUGUUUUUUGUGAGCUGGACCAGUUAUCACCUUUUUUUUGUGUUGUACAUUAUGCAGUCAAAUUGAGUCUGGUAAAAUAUGUUUAUCCAAAAGAAGUAAAGAUGUUCUGAGCUGAAUGCAGAAACUAAAACUGAAGAUGUCAGGUAAAUUCCCAUGCAUGACAAUAUUUGUCAAACAGUGAUAUCACCAUAACAUGAUGAAUAAAAGCAUGAACCCCAUAUUCUGUUUUUACAACUUUAGAAAAUUGUUGUGCAUUUACAUGUCAAAGUUUUGCUCAUGUUUGCAUAUUUGGUUGGUAGGUGGCCAAAUUCAUGUAGUGUGGAUGUGCCCCCACUGAAAUUGGUUCAAUAUAUAAAGAGUUAAGGACAGCUGAGCAGCUGAAAUACAUGUUAAGUCUGGAUAGAUGUAGUGAAUCUAGUUGUCUGGGUGAUAUCUUUUGCAUUUUGCAGUCUGUAGCUUGUAGGGUGCAGCUAUGAUGCAUCUUUAUAAUAUAAUUAGUAACUUAGAUAUUGGGGGUGUAUCAAAGUAUGAACACCACUCUGAAAUGUGGCAGGUGUCAAGUGCAUAUUCUCAAUUAUGUGCCCACAUAUACAAAUUGUUAAUCCUAAGUGAGUGGAGAAUAUGAUUCUUCUGAUUCAUUCUGCCUUUAUUAGUGAUGUGCAUUCAGUUAAUAUUUUAAGAUCAUUUUAAAAUUUGGUCAUUAAUAGGUAGGCUGACUCU